AUGGGCAUCGUCAACGGAGAAGACGCGCGUUUAUCAAGAGGCGCUGAAGAUCAUUCUUGCGCCACUUUUGAGGGACCACAAAGAGUAAGACGUCCUGCAUUCCCUGCAACCCUAUGCAUCAUGAAUAAGAGCCCCCUCGCGGAGCUCCGAUUCAUAUUUGUGACAGACGUUAACGGGAAGGCUGUGAAGGCGUACCCGUGUCUGUUUGCAGAAGUCGGAGAUUAUCCGGAGCUGUCCCGCGCAACCGGGACGAUGCAGGCAACGACUCACCGCCCAUGUAGCAGCUGUUACGUGAGGGAGGACAACCUUGCCCGUGUCGACCUGCGAGCUCCCGCGCGCACCGUGGAGAAGCAACGGCGCAUUGUUCACGCCAUCCAGAUGGCGGCGACGGAUACUCUGGCUCAGCAGAAGGAGUGGGGGAAUGUGUUCCUUGCGUGCGUCGCGGACAUCUUGCACGCGUUGGAUUCUGGGAUGUUCGCCCACUCGACAUCGUGCUUGGUGGAGGGGAAGAGCAAGCCAGAGAAACGGGAGUGGGAGGGCGCCGCCAACUAUGCGGCAUUCGAGCACAGGGCGAUGAUGCAAGUGAUGCCGCUUAUCAUUGCGGACAAGAUGGACGGAAUGAAGCCGAAGGAGCGCGAGCAGAGAGAGCGCGAGGUGCGAGCGUUCCGGAUGUACGCCACCUUUUACAAGGCGCUUGUGGGCGUGGUGAAGCACACGCGUGCUUCAUUGGCGGUGGUCAGACAACAUGCAAUUUCGAUGGUGGACGCGCUGAUCGCUGCUUUCCCUGCACAGUCAUCAGGAUGGAAAUUGCCGAAAGUCUAUGCAGUGGUCCACCUCAUUGACGGCAUCCCCAUGCGGGGUAUGCCGCACGAGUACUCAACCAACGCGUGGGAACACAGUCACAAGGUGACUGUCAAAAUCCCGGUGAGGGGGGGGAAUUGGAAAGACAUUCCUCGACGGAUAGUGGAGGAGGAGGUGCAGAGGGAGUUGGCGCGAGAAGUGGCGGUGGAUGCAUGCGGUGGAAGACAGUACACAACCGCACUACGUGAGGCUGUGCGGCUGCAGGAGUACGUGCUGACGCGCCGGUCUCGGGUGGCAAACCCUUCAGACCCUGAGGAUGGCACCCUCGCUCCAUACCGCUCAACACUUGGAAGCGACAUGAACGCCUUGACGUCGUGCGCCGCGCGUGCUGACCUUUCUCUGGACCGAUUCUGGUCACCAAAGGAGGAGGAGGAGUGGUAUGCCCGGUGCUUGUGCAUUUUCCGGGCAAAGCAGACAGACGGGACGAUUGCCAGAUUUGCGUACGUGAAGUACUAUGAGGCGGCAGGGGUGUGUGGGCUGACCACAUGCGUUCAGUUAACGCCCGGGCGAGUGAAAACGAAGUACGCGGUGGUGGCGAUUGAGCGCAUCAAGAGGGUGGUGCACAUCUGCAAGUCGUUUGUGAAUGCCCGUGUGCUGCUUCUGAACAAGUUUCUCCUUUGCGAGUGA